GCAGUUGGAGGGAGGGCACUGCCGGUUGUUGCCAGGCCUGCAGCUCUCAGCACGGUUCUUGGCCCACGCAGGUCUCUCUGCCACUUCAGAUUUGCCGCUACUUCCGAUUUGAUGCGAGGCCUCCCUUCAAGGAGACUUACUCCGCAGUUCCUUAGGGUUUACAGGCACCCAGUGUGGCUGGCAGUUUUCUAUCCAUCCCCCGGAUAAUUCCUGCCUCUGUGAUCACAGAAGCGCCUUUUCGGUGAAGGUUGGAGAUGGAGGUAGAAGAACUGGAGAAUAGGAGGAAAAGACUAGUAAGAAGGAACAUGGUAAUCCUCGCAGUCUUCUUAUGUGGAGGCCUUGCAAUUCUUCUUUGGAUGAUGUUAAGAUUUCCUAAAAGAGUUGGAAUUACAAGGAGUGGUACAAAUUGCUCAGAUGAUACAAGGACAUGUCCACAGAACUGGGACCUGAUCAAUCAGACCUGCUUCUUUGAGUCUGAACAUGAAGUUACUUGGGUUGAGGGACAGAAACUUUGCAGAAAACAUCAUGCAUCUCUGGCCAAGAUCUUCUCUCAGAUUGAAAUAGAAUCUGUGAAGGACUAUACAAUAAACUCUACAUACUGGAUUGGGCUGAGAAAACACAUUUCUGACAACAGCUGGAGAUGGAUAGAUGGGAAAUACUUUAAUAAUUGGUUCAACAUAAGUGGUUCAGGAGAUUGUGCCUUUAUGAAUGAUGAUGGCAUAAGCACUAGCAGUUGUAAUGAUACAAGAAGAUAUUUGUGCAGCAGAAAAAGCUAUUGUAUUUAGAAUGGUUCUACUGCAAAUAGAGAAAAAAAUUCAUAUUCUGUCCAUUUUAAACUCAUAUAGAUACACUUUUCCUUUCAACGUGUCUUAAAUGAGUCGAUGAAAAUUUAAAUCAGUUUCAUUUAAAUUUAACUAACUGAUAAGAAGCCUAAGAAUUAAACUGAGUUUCACAUGAUGUUGCUACCCCACUUAAGUUGAUGUAUGCAUGCCAGUGGUCUCAGAACUGGAUUCCCAGCAAUGCCUCAGUGCAACAAAAUGGAGAGACUGAAAGAUCCUUGCACCACUCUAAAAUUCUGAUGAAUCUGCCUAAAAGAAGGUAAAGCAGCAACUCCUGAACAUAACAGAAUGGAAAGCAACUGAAAGGACAGAAAGAUUUUUCUACCUUCUGCUGCUGAAGAACUCCAGACAUCCAUUCAACUAAAUAUGCCUAAAAGAAAAGAAAGAGUCGCAACUUUAUGUGAACAUUAACAGUGUUUCACUCAUUCAUAGUAAUAUGUAAGAAUUCUCAUUCAGAAUCUGUAAAGAUGACGCUUGGGAGAAAUACUCAGAGGUUGAUUAGGUACUGUAUUGCCAUCAGAGACCAAAUUUCCAGAAAAUAAAAUUCAUACUGAGCCAUAGACAACUCUCCAUGAUUCUGUACAUCCUUAGUCCAUUACUAAAUAGAAGAAUCACUUAAAUUAACCAGAUUUCCUAUUACCACUAUUCCUGAAAUGAGUGAAGAAAUCAGUCUUUGUGACAUGCAUCAUGCUGAGUAAAAUAUGAAUGUUUAGAAAAGACCACAAGGAAAAAAGACCUGAUUGUCACUAGUUAGCUUGAUGACUUCAUGAUACCAUUGCCCACUCUGUGGCUCAAGGACUUCUAAAAGGGGAAGAUUCCAUGAGGGCUUCCAUGCUAUUACCAAUAGGCUGAGCAUUCUUGUUCAGGUUGGAUAGAAAUCAUGAAUUGGCAAAUACAACUCUCAGCCCUUAAUUUUGUGGCCGAGUUACUGUUUCUCCUCCUCCUAUUUCCCAUCCUCAUCCCCUUUAUACCUCUUCUUCCUCCUCUUCUUUCCUUUACAUUUUCCUUCUGUUUUUCUCCCUCUUCUGGCUUCUCUUCACCUGUCUAUCCUUCUUCUUUUUCCCACUUCUUCUCUGUCUCUUUGUUCUUUUUUUCCUCUCCUUCUUCUCCUUUUUCUUAAUCUUCAUCUCCUUGUCCAUUUUGCUCUUACUGAUGCUGGCUUACCCCCUGCUGUCCCUUCUUUUUUCUUUCUCCUCCACUCUAAACUUCUUUAAAGCCAGUGACUUUUAGGGCUUAGUAAGUAGUUAUUUGUGUUAUAUAAUCCUUGGAUAUUCCCAAUUUUCUACUCAGCAGCUGGAGCUCAUCUAUAUACCUCUUCAUGGAUGUCUGGAGUUCUUCAGCAGCUUUGGGCAUCUCUCAAGCAUAGUCACAGGGCUCUGUGAGUCUUGGCUUGGCACUGUUGUACCACUCCAGCACGUUUCAGAAGUCCUCUGAUUGGCAAGUAUUCUCAAGACCAAAGCUCUCUUUAUGAUAUACUGUUAGUGCAACCUGCUUAUCCCAUUCUCCUCAGUUAAACAUCAUGAGAAGGCAGAAAAAUCAAGACUUUAUUGUGACAUGUGGAGCAUUGCAGGGAGAUAAUGCCAAGAAGAGAGUCCUCCUGGCCUAACUGGAAAAGGGUAAUGGGGAUGCUACUUAAGGAAAGACCAUGGCUGACAUGUUCAUUGUUCUGCAUUUCUUAGAACCGUUUUAGGACUUUGAGUACAGUGGGAGGAGUCAUCUGGAGAGAUUUUAGGGUGAUGUCAUGUAGGAUAGGUCUGUUUGGAGCUUGCAGCAGCCAACUCAAAUAUCUUAUAAUGUGACCAUGAACCAUCUAGAGUAACCUCAGCUCUCAUGGUGACAGCUCUUGUGAACUGCAAAAAUGACUGAUGGACAUCUGCCAUUUCAACCUGAACUGAUAAAGCCAAAGUUGUGACUAGAACUCCUUUCAAAGAGUCUCUAUGAGCGACUGCUACAGUGUUGAUAAUGAUUUAAUAGGGUUUGGGGAGUUGGAAGAUGAUGGCAGUGGGACCCAGUCCCUUGCAUAUCUUUGCCCUGUCAGGCACAGUCUUCCUGACAGAGAAGGCAGUAGCACCUGAACAGACAGGAGUGAGGGAGGACCAUCACAGCCAGGGCUCCUGUCAGCAAAGAAGGAGCAAGCUGUGGUGUAGGGUGUUGUUGAGACAAACUUCAGUGUUGGCUGAAAGACAUGUGCUAGUCCUGGGUCACUUUCAAGGGAGCAAAGAGGAGACAUGAUGUGGCUGGCACUGAGAUGAUACUCACUCUGGAUAUCUCCAAAUUGGAUCUUAUUGUCAUAACUCAUUGUGACUUGAAUGAUGAUCUCUCUGAAUUCUCAAAAGCUGAGUUCCUCAGAUUUUUGGUAAUUCUUAAACACAUUUCAGAGAGAGUAAUAAUUAACA